GCUGAAGAUUAAAAAUAAGUAGAGCGUAAUCAACAACACAAGAAUAUAACAUGGAAACUUCAAAGUCGGAGAAAAAACCACGAUUGUUGUCGAUACCAACAACCAGAGAGUAACAUUAUGUGAAAAUUGUUACAAACGUAGACUAUCCUCAACCAUCUCACGACGGUUUGUCUUUGUCUUUGUCGUUUUUGGGUUCAACCACCAUGCAAUCUGCGAUUUUAUAUCUGCAACACUAGCUACAUAUGAGUCCAGUCAAAACAAAUUGUCUUAAAUCCUCAACCAAAAGCUUCCAUGGUUUCCUCAUUUCCAAUGCUCGUGUCCAUGAAGUGUGUACUCUCUUGGCUGUUCUUUUCAAUGUACUUUUGUGCAUUCAUAACUAGCACUUCUUCAAUUGUUGGUUCUUCCCUUACAAUAUCAUCAUCUACUUCUUCAUCUUUACAAAGUAGUGAAGAAGCAAGUGCUUUGUUGAAGUGGAAAUCAAGUCUUGACAACCAAAGCCAAACCUUACUAUCUUCAUGGAAUGGCAAUAAUUCAUGCAACAACUGGCUUGGAAUUACAUGUGAUGAAGAUUCCAUAUAUGUUACUUAUGUAAAUCUCACAAACUUGAGAUUGAAAGGUACACUCAAAAGUCUUAACUUCACAUCACUUCCAAAUAUUCUUACUCUUGAUCUUAGUUUCAACUUCUUGAAUGGAAGUAUUCCUAACCAUAUUGGAAUGUUGUCCAAACUUUCUUAUCUUGAUCUUAGUGACAAUCUUCUCUUAGGAGAAAUUCCAUAUGAAAUAACACAUUUGACUAAUCUUCAAAUUUUAGAUUUGUCUCAUAAUUUUCUUAAUGGUAUCAUUCCUAAAGGAAUAGGUUCAUUAAGGAAUCUAAGAGAACUUCAUAUCUCAUUUUCAAAUCUAACUGGUAAUAUACCAAUUUCAAUAGGGAACUUGUCCUUCUUGUCACACUUGCAUUUAGAAAGAAACAAACUUUCUGGAGAAAUCCCACCUACUAUUGGAAAAUUAACAAAGAUAAAAAAUCUAUAUCUUCAUGACAAUAACCUUUCUGGAUCAAUUCCUCGAGAAAUUGGGAAGUUAUUACAGAUGAAAAAAUUAUUUCUUUUCGAUAAUAAUAUUUAUGGAUCUAUUCCUCGUGAAAUCGGGAAAUUGUUGAACAUGACAAAUCUACUUCUUGACAACAAUAAUCUUUAUGGUUCCAUUCCUAGUGAAAUCGGAAUGAUAAGAUCUAUGAAAGACAUUGAUUUGUCAAAUAAUAGUCUCUCUGGUAAAAUCCCGGCUACAAUUGGAAACUGGAGCAAUUUACGAUAUCUUGGCUUUGGUGGAAACCACCUCAGUGGGAAAAUUCCGAAGGAAUUGAAUAUGCUUGCUUCUAGUAAUUUGCAAGAUUUCCAUGUCUAUGAUAAUAAUUUAAUUGAUCAGAUGCCUUAUAACAUUUGUCGUGGCGGAAAGCUGGAAUACGUUAGUGCUUUUAAUAACCAUUUUACAGGGUCAGUUCUAAAGAGUUUGAAGAAUUGUUCUAGCCUUAUUAGACUUAGGCUUGAACAUAACUAUUUUGAUGGAAACAUAACUGAUGAUUUUGGUGUAUACCCAAAUUUGAUGUUUUUGGGAUUGGAUGACAAUAAUUUUUAUGGCCACCUUUCAUCAAACUGGGGAAAGUUUCAUAACUUGACACACAUUCACAUCUCCAAAAAUAAUAUCUCAGGUUGUAUACCACCCGAACUCGGUGAAGCACCUAGCCUAUAUUCAAUUGACUUAUCUUCAAACCAUAUUACAGGAAAGAUACCAAAAGAGUUAGGCAAUUUGACUAUGUUGGGAAGACUCUUUUUAAGCAACAACAAUCUUUCUGGUAAUAUUCAUGUACAAUUAACAUUAUUAAAGGGACUUGAAAUCUUAGAUGUUGCAGCAAAUAAUCUAAGUGGUUUCAUCACAAAAGACCUUUUCAGUUUUCCUAAAUUAUUGAACUUAAAUUUGAGCCAUAACAAAUUCAGAGGAAAUAUUCCUGUUGAGUUUGGAAAUUUUAAAGUCCUUCAAAUUCUUGAUCUUAGUGGAAAUUUUUUGGAUGGAACCAUACCACCAAUGCUUGGAAAGCUGAAAUACUUAGAAACAUUGAAUAUUUCACAUAACAAUCUUUCUGGUUUCAUCCCCACUUCCUUGGAUCAAAUGAUUAGUUUGUGGUUGGUUGAUAUAUCAUAUAACCAGUUGAAAGGUCCACUUCCAAAUAUGCGAGCAUUCAAUAACGCUACAUUUGAAGUGUUGAGAAAUAAUACAGGCUUGUGCGGUAAUGUUUCUGGCUUGAAGCCCUGCAUAAAACCAACUAGUGGAUCUCAUAAUAAUAAGACUAAGAAGGUGAUUUUUUUCAUAGUUUUACCUCUAGCACUAGGAACUCUAAUGCUAGCGAUCGUUUGUUUCAAGUUCUCGUAUUGUUUCUACCAUUCGUCAACCAUAAGAGAAGACCAGGUUGAAAGAAACAUCACUACUAAAAAUGUAUUAACAAUAUGGAGUUUUGAUGGAAAAAUGGUGUAUGAGAACAUUAUUGAAGCCACAGAAGAGUUUGAUGACAAACAUCUCAUUGGAGUAGGAGCGCAUGGUAGUGUUUACAAAGCAAAGUUGCAGUCAGGUCAAGUUGUUGCUGUUAAAAAACUCCAUUCGGUGGCAGAUGCAGAAAACCCCAAUCUAAAAUCAUUCACAAAUGAGAUCCAAGCUCUAACAGAAAUUCGGCAUCGCAACAUUGUGAAGCUAUAUGGAUUUUGUUCACAUUCACACCUGUCAUUUUUGGUUUACGAGUUCAUGGAGAAAGGUAGUUUGGAAAAGAUUUUGAAAGAUGACGAGGAAGCAAUUGCAUUUGAUUGGAAUAAGAGGGUGAAUGUUAUUAAAGAUGUAGCUAAUGCUUUAUGCUACAUGCACCAUGAUUGCUCCCCUCCGAUUGUUCAUCGAGAUAUAUCAAACAAGAACAUUCUUCUGGAUUUAGAAUAUGUGGCUCGUGUCUCCGACUUUGGAACAGCUAAGCUUCUUAAUCCUAAUUCAUCCAAUUGGACCUCUUUUGCAGGCACCUUUGGAUAUGCUGCUCCAGAACUUGCAUACACAAUGGAAGUGAAUGAGAAAAAUGAUGUGUAUAGUUUUGGAGUAUUAGCACUGGAAAUACUUUUUGGAAAACACCCUGGAGAUAUUGUAUCUAAUUCUUUACAAUGGAUUAUCAUGGGAUCCACACUUGAUAGUAUGCCAUUGAUGAAUAAGUUGGAUCAACGUCUCUCUCGUCCGGUGAAUCAUCGACAAACUAAGGAGUUAGUAUGCAUUGCAAAGACAACAAUUUCUUGUUUGGUUGAUAGUCCACAAUCUCGCCCUACCAUGGAGCAGGUUUCUAGGGAGCUUUUAAGUGUGUAGUCUUCUUCAAUGGAUAUAUGCUUAAAUGUUACUUCUUCUACUUAGUUUUUGU